AUGCAAUUUUUCACACAGUACCUAUCUCCAAGUGUGGUAGAAAUAUCUGGUCUUGUUUUUCUUGGAUAUGUCUUUGUGUACAAGCCGGCACGACUCCUGCUCGGAUGGCUGAGCAAUAACUGCUGCAGCGGAUGCAAGUCUUCGCGUAUCCUCAAAGCCGCACCAAAUGACUGGGCCGUAGUGACUGGAUCAACCGACGGAAUAGGGCUAGAGUAUGCACGCCAACUCGCGGAAAAAGGCUUCAAUUUGCUGCUGCUAAGCCGCACUGAAGAAAAACUGCAAAAUGUUGCGCUUGAAAUUGGCGGCAAGUACCCGCAGCUGAAAAUUGAGUACUUAGCAGUCGAUUUCACCCACACAGACAUUUACGAGAACAUCAAGAAAAAGAUCAACUCACUGGACGGUCAAUUGUACAUUUUAGUGAAUAACGUCGGCAUUCUGCAUCCGAUUCCGGAACUUUUCGCCGACUACCCGGAAGGCUUCAAUAUGAAGCAGAUUAACGCCAACGUAGUUUCUUCCACUCAAAUGACUGACAUUGCUCUGAAGAAGAUGCUCAGCCAAAAGCCGUCUGUUGAUGAAAAGCGCCCGAAAGGAGUCAUUGUCUUUAUUUCCAGUUCUGCAGGGCUAAUUGAAAUUCCAACAUUCAGUGUUUACGGAGCGACUAAAGCCUACAUUAACUAUCUAGGAAAAGUAGUGGCAGCGGAGUACGCCUCAAAAGAUAUUAUUGUGCAGACUGUUACGCCGAAUCAAGUGGUGACAAAGAUGUCUAAAGAGCUUCAUGAAGCAUCAAUUGCUGUAUCAGCCAAGUCUUUUGUUAGCUACUCACUGAAAGCGGUCGGCAGUGAAUCAAUGACUAAUGGUCACCCCAAGCAUAAAUUCAUCAAUACUACUCUUAUGGCUAUUACGGGCUGGUUUAGCGAAAAGUUUGUGAUGAGAAAAAUGUUAGAAUCGAUGCUUAAAAAAUCACAGGAAAUCAAGGAAAAGAAUAAAGUUAACUGA